UCAUUGUGUCUCCGGCGUGGGCGUUAACCUGGCUGCACUUGGUUUAAAUAUGCAGGAACUGCCCUUGUUGCUGCCUGCAAAGCCUGAUUAAACAGAGCUCUAAGAAAAAGUUGAGACUUUCUUGUGUGCUUCAAAGUAAUCAUCGACAACCAAACAUGGAAAACAUCGGCGAGAUCAUCCCAUUUGCUAAGGAGAUGCUGACACAGAGGCCCAGUCGGAGCCUGCUGAAGAUCUAUCUGCUCGGCUCUACUCUGGCAAUACUUGGUAUGGUCGGUGGGCUGGUGGAGAUGGCUUUCAUGCCCUUUGUGGAGAGGGACAGUGCAGAGGAUGAACCAGCAGAGCUUAUCAUCCAGAAGAAGAAGGAGAAGAAUCAGGUGUUGAAGUCACACUCUGCCUCUGCUGACAUUGAAGUUGUGGAUGUGAUGGAAACAGUAAUGCCCGACGACAAAGCCAAAUAUCUUUUGACUUCAAGGCGGAGAAGCUCAGCCAAUCGCCUACAUGCUUCUUAAAGAAACUCUCUCCUCUGUACUUCAAUGGACACUCCAGUUGAGGGUACUGCUGGUAAAUCAAAUCACUGUGUGGUAAUGGUCCCUUUGUACCCAUUCUUUAUUUUAAAAAUUGGUUAAACAUGCAGUGUGCUCCUGUUGACUGGCUGAGACAAGAUACACUGAAGACUGCAGGUUACAGUAAUGUUUGGCUGCUGGGCAGCAGAUACUUGUGAAUGUGAUGUGAUGUGAUAGAUGUGUUGAAAAGUGGAAUGUGUGUGAUUCAAUUUGUUUUGCACCUGAAUAAAAAUAUAUUUUUUUCCUCCUAACAACAGUCUCAUGCCAUGCUUUUGAUAUAAUCUGUGAGUAGGUUAUGUCAAAGAAUGCAUCUCUUGUUCUAAUAAUAAAAAA